AUGCUACGCACAGAAUGGGACCGUUCGCCUCCGUAUCGCCCUCGGUCUUUGAGUAGUGCUGUGCGCAGGCGUCGCAGUUUUCGCUACGAGCCGCCGUCAGACGACGAGUGCCCUGUUUCUUGUCGCGGCUACGAGUGCCCUGGGAUGGUGAAGGAGGAGCAGUGUCCCCUGGGCGCCUUCCUGCCCGACAAGGCGCACUGCAAUUGCUGCGGAAAGUGCAGCGCUUACUACCGUGAGUGGUGUCGAGGUUUAUACGUGCGCGCGCCCUCUCGCGGCCGCUUUGGUCGAGGCGAUGAGCUUAACCAGAAGUGUGCCGAGUUCAAGAAGACAAUACACGAUGUGAACGGGAGCAAGGAAAUGGAGAUUGAGGAGGAGUUUCUGGAGCCAGGCUGCGACGACGGUCUGGUGUGUCGUCAGGGCGUCUGCCAAGACAUCCACCUGCUGCAAUCGACCUUCGCCACGCGGACACGUAGAGACAGCAAACACAUAGACGCUUACGAACCGUGCAAGCAGGAGAUGAAACAUUUCAAAAAGAAGUACGGGGCGAAGGGCCAUUUGCACUUCAACGCGCCCCAGUGCACCCCGCUCUGGCUUUAUGCGCCUGUACAGUGCCGUCGCUUCAUAUGCUACUGCGCCCUGGAAGACGGCAGCAGGAUAGAGGGUAUAAAAGUGCCCCGCGUUGAAGUGUCCAACAUGAACUGCGACUGCGCCCGCGAGAAGUGCCGCACUGGCUCGGACGUGGAAUGCGACGGAUACGGCAACUACAGGGAAGCCGUGUUCAUGCCCCACAUCGAGCGGUGGCCCGAAUCGAAUGAAAUCGACGAUAUAGAUGCCUCGGGCAAAACUUCCGCGCAAGCCCAGCAGUUUUCACAUCACAAAAUAUCAGAAUCGACGGCGUCUAUGAGAAGC